CGCUCGAGAGCUCCUCACUACUCAACCCUUCCACGCUUACAGAGGAGGUCCUCUCGAGACCAGCUCUCCCUCUCGAGCUCCAUCUCUCUCUCGCUCUCUCUCACUCUCUCACACACACCGGACCAACGGAGACUAUCGGACUACCAGCAUGUCUCUGUCCUACGUGUCCUCCGAAUCCCGGCGCGUGAGCCCGUCGGUGCACGGCAACAAGUUCGACACGGCGCACCGCAAGCGCGGCGCGGCCAACAUCUUCGAGCACGUGAACCAGGACGCGCUGAUGAAGCUGUUCCAGAAGACGGGCGACAUGAAGGCGGAGGAGCGCGUGAGAAGCAUUUUCUGCUUCACGCAGGACCCGGACGAGACGGCCCGCGCGCUCAUGGCCCUGAAGCAGCGCAAGAAGGACAAGUUCCUGCAGAUCGUGGGGCUCGUGCGGCAGUUCCUCAAGCUGCGUUGACCUCGGGACGUUUCGGCUCCGGAUGAGCCGAAGAAGUGAACCGUUGGAGACGCACUCGAGCACGAACACGAGAUGCGAGAUGCUGCAGAACUACCCGCCGACCGGACCGGUAACGUCGCAUCGACGUAUAGGGGUCGAGGCCAGCGGGUCGGAGAGGAACAAUGUGACGUGAAUGUGAAGGUUGCUAUGGAGACGCGAUCCGCGCGGACAGGUCGGCCAGAGGAAACGGCCUUUUUACGCAUUGAUGGAUGAAGUAUAAAUAAUCUGAAAAGACAAAUGACAUUGGGGGAUAAACGGCUCGAGGGCUGCCCACUUCGCCAUAGCCCCCCUCCCGGGGAGGGCUCUGAGACUUUACGCAUCGAUGAGGAUGCUCAUGAAGUGCACGUGGUGGUGAUGAUGAUGAUGAUGAUGAUGAUGCAGGUGCACGAGCAGUAUGCACCGCUGCAGCAGGAGGAAGACUCCGCCUGUAGAAAUGACUCUCCACCAAAGCCCCCCCCCCCCCCCCCCCACACCAGCCUUGUUUUGUCACGUCCACCAUGACGUCAUGGGCGGUGGCCACCUUACUGAAUGUCUGUUGCUGUGGCAACACAGGCAGCAUGCACUGUCCUUGUCUGUGAUUUCUAAUAAAUUAUUAUCAAAUGAA